CAAUCAGAGCGUGCGAAGUGUCUUUGUGACGUCACAGCCUCCACGUUGGAAGCUGAAAAAGUCGUCUUGUAAACACAAGCCGAAUUCGGCCGUUUCCAUCGCGUUUCGUGCCCUUUGACAUGAGCUGCCUCUGCUGAGGCGCUAUGACCGCCGAGAUGAGCAUGUUCGACUUGCUGCUGGACAGACUGGAGGGUAACGGAGUAAAAAACGAGCCCGCCGACCACUUCGAAGAGAAAAUCCACGCCGACGUCAUGGACUGGCCAGACCCAUGCGACGACUUUUUGAACAGCAUCCUGCAUGGCUCCGAGUUGGAGACGCCGCUGCUGGACCCGCUGGACGACAUGUUUGAGGAGUUGGGACCGUCGGUGAGCUCGAGCGCUGUCUCGGACAGCGGCAUGUCCAGCGAACUCGACCAACAACUCAGUCCCAUACCCAACACGCUGUCACCGUUGCCAGCCUCAAGCGACACCGGCGCCUCCGACUCGGAGUCUUCUUACUCGGCCGACACAGAAAUCCACACCAAACAGCCACAGCCCAUUCUCACCACAAAAACAGUAAAAACAGAGGCUGCAACGCAAAUUCGGCGCGUGGUCCGUCUGGCGCCUUUCAAAGCGACCGACGGCAACAAUAAAACGUCACGGUCGAUUUUGGUGCCGGUGACGAGCCAGGGCAAGACGACGAUGCGCACCUUCCGCAUCAUCUCAGGCGCCAAUGGCCGACUUCCAGCCGGACUUAAGUUGGUUUGCGCCAAGCCGACCACUUUGGUCAAGCCGGUGCAAGCGCAGACUCUGUCCAGCACCACUGUGGAGUCGCCGCCCCCUGUUACCGUCGCCGCCUCCGAGACUCACUCAGACUCGGCCAGCGACGACUCCGACGGACCCAGAUACCCUCGUUUGGAGCUCACAUCCGAAGAGAAGCGCCUUCUGAAAAAGGAAGGAAUCACCCUGCCUGCCUAUUACCCCCUCACAAAACAUGAGGAGCGAGAACUGAAAAGGAUUAGACGCAAAAUUCGCAACAAAAUUUCAGCACAAGACUCAAGAAAGAGGAAGAAGGAGUACGUUGAUGGACUUGAAGAAAGAGUGAAGAAAUGCAGUGACGAAAACACUUCCCUGCACAAAAAGCUGAAGGCGUUACAGAAUCAAAACAGCGUCCUGUCCACACAGAUCCGACGGCUUCAGGCAUUGGUGGCUCAGGGCACCUCCGGCGGCGGCCGUCCAGUGCAGCCUGCGACCUGUCUGAUGGUGCUGCUGCUGUCCCUGGCACUGGUUGUGGUGCCCAACAUGCGGCCAAAUCAGAACUCCACAAGCACAGCCGUUGACGAGGCCACAUCGGACCUGCUCUCCGGCGGAGAAAAGUUGCCUCCCGUAGCAGGCAGGUCGAGGACGCUGCUGUUCAACAAGUACGAGGACUUCCCGUCGUUUUUGGCAGAUGCCGACGACGAGCAGGACGAGCUGCUCUGCACCGUCCAAGACCAUGACUAUGAGCCGCCCACCAAGGUGGCCAGACGUCUGCGAAAAACGGACGCAGUGCCCAAGGACGUCAUCGAAGUGGAUGAUGUGUGGCCGCCGCCCAAAAAGACGCCGCCAGACGUGGUGACUCAGCAUAAGUCUGUGUCCUCAUCUCUUGAGGUUGAUUGGGGCCUUGAAGAGAGACUUGUGGGCGGCAAGCUGGAGGCAGUGGUGGAUGAAAUCACCCCAAAUUCAACCUCCGAAACACAGACCGUGAUGCUGAAGAUUUCCAACGGGGAGUGAUUGUUUGGUGGAGGCCAGACAGGAUUGAUGCAUUUCUUGUUGCGUGUUAUAAAUUUUAUUUGACAUAUAAUUUAUGUCAUUUUCCCAUGAGCACUUAACUAAUGAAUUAUUGUGAUAGAACAGCCUUCCCUCUCUCUCGUCAGAAUUCAUACUUCCUUAAAUUCCUUCUCAUUGUUCAGAAUUACAAAUUAAGUUGCUGUAUAAAAUAUUUUUGGUGCAAUAUCCUAGUUAGUUGCUUUUUAUCCUAUUUAUUCUUGGUUAUAUUUAAUAUUGAUUGGCUCCAUUAUAGAUUUGAAAUUAUUAAUUGUAUCACUUUUAGAGGAGGGUUUUGAAUUUGAGCUGUAAAUAUUGUUCGACUGAAUGUAGUCCAAUUUUUUCUCGUUUCAUUGAGCAUAGCUAUGAAAUUGUCUAAUAUAAUGGUUUCACUUAUUAUAUUACCUAAGUAUUUGGAUUUCAUUUCGAUUAUGUAAUAAGAUUGCAUGCAUCAUGAAUUUAUGAGUUACUGAAAAAACUCAGCCGCUGUGAAGUUAUUAAACGGCACCCAUUCGAAAA